UUUCCUCUUCUACACCGGUGCUCUUGCUGGCAGCUACGUUGUCGACCCCUCGCAGUGUUUUGACCUGUCCAGAGCUGACGGUGGGAAAGGGGAAAACCCAAAAAGAAGAUAGCCUGCCUCGUAGCUGUAUCGCCCCGAGAAAAGUGCGAGAAUGUCUUCUGAGGAGAGCCCCGAGUACUCGCCUUUCUUCGCUGUGAUGGGAGCCUCUGCGGCCAUGGUCUUCAGCGCAUUAGGAGCAGCAUAUGGGACAGCGAAGAGCGGCACAGGCAUCGCCGCCAUGUCUGUGAUGCGGCCAGAGCUCAUCAUGAAGUCCAUCAUCCCCGUGGUCAUGGCUGGUAUCAUCGCCAUCUACGGGCUGGUGGUGGCUGUGCUGAUAGCAAACAACAUCUCUGAGAGAGUCACCCUUUACAAGAGCUUCCUGCAUCUCGGUGCUGGUCUGAGUGUGGGCCUGAGCGGUCUGGCGGCUGGGUUUGCCAUUGGCAUCGUGGGAGACGCUGGUGUGAGGGGCACCGCCCAGCAGCCCCGGCUUUUUGUGGGCAUGAUCCUGAUCCUGAUCUUUGCCGAGGUGCUGGGGCUUUACGGUCUUAUCGUGGCCCUCAUCCUAUCUACAAAAUAAGUGUCUGCAUCAAACACCAUCUCAUUCAUUCCACAUCAAAGCAGCAAGAACAAAUAGGAGAUUUUCACCUACUUCCAUUACACCCCGUGGGUCUGACAGGAUGGGAUGGCAACAGAAACAUGUUGGCGGUCGACUUGACAGCUGUGUCCUCAAUAGAUGUGAUCUGUCCAUAUUGUUUAAAGCCAUCCGGUUGUGUCAGGUGUUGUGCGUACAGAACGGGCAUGAAGAUGUAUUGGUUGUUGUGGGAUGAUGUGUGGACAGUCUGCUUGAUUUGUUGUCUGAUCUUAACCUGUACAGUGAUCCAGAGUCCCUCCACCCCCUGUAAAUGUAGUAACCAGUCUGUGCUGUGAGUAUCAACGUUUAUCCCUCUGCCCAUUCCCCUCCUCUGAUUUUUGUUUUUUGUUGGUGGUUUUGCUCAUUCUCCGUUUUGAGACUGCUGAAGAAUCGUGCACAUUAGUGUUUUAUUUUUUCAUGUUCUUUUCUGGGACCAUUUUUGAAUCACAGUGGUGAGGAACUGACAAGACUUUUUUUUCACUAUUUAUGGAAAGUUAUGAAAAUUUUGACUUAAUGAAAUUGUCUAAAUGGAAUACUGUUUAUUGAAUACCCUAUAUACAUCAAAAUAUAUAAAUUAUCUGUGUAUAGUUAGAUUAAUUGCACUGUGGGUAAUUGUUCUAAGUGCUUGGAAUUCCUCUGGAUGUAGUGUGAUUAUUAAUGGAGGAUGUCCACAUAUUGACAUGGAGUUGACAGUGUGUGUGCGUGUGUAAAUGACCUGAGUGCGUAACGUGUGCAAGUCGAUUUAUGUUUAAUAUGACAUUCUCAAACACUAGUAUUGUUUACCUGUAGUGCUGCUGUCUUGAUUUUUUGUUUGUUUUUUCUGUUUAAGGUGAGAGCUCACUGUUCAGCCAUACCUGUCAGAUUUCCGAAUAAAACUCAACCUCCUCCAGAA